GUCCCUGCUCCUGGCACCAGCACCGUGUCAUUGACUCAGUUUCCUGGAUCAAAGUACAUGCAGGAACUUGAAUGAAGUGUGCCAAGACCUGAGAUGUGAAACCAGAAGAGACGAUCACAUUCACAGGGAGGAAGAACUGCAGCUCAGAAGAACAUGAACAAUACCUCUUGUCCUCAUGUCAACUUGGAUUUCACCGGCAGAUUCCUGCCUCCUGUUUUAAUCUUGGUCUUCAUCGUUGGCCUGGUUGCUAACACAUGGGGGUUGAAGUCUUUGCGGCAGAACUGGAAGAAACUGGGUAGCGUCAACGUGUUUGUUCUCAACCUGGGACUUGCAGAUGUUUUGUAUCUGCUCACGCUGCCGUUUCUGGUGGUUUACUACUUCAAGGGGAAUGUGUGGAUCUUUGGAACUACAUUCUGCAAGAUAACGAGAUUCUGCUUCAACCUGAACCUCUACGGCAGCAUCGGAUUCCUUACCUGCAUCAGCGUGUACAGGUACCUGGCUAUUGUUCACCCGAUGAAAGUGUUGGGAAGAAUCACUGUCACUCAUUCUGUGAACAUCUCAGUCCUUGUGUGGCUGCUGGUGGCUGCCCAGAGUCUUCCAGACGUGUUCUACAUCAAGACGUCUGGAAACCAAACUGGGAAAUGCUACGAAACCACACACGUCACAUUUGUGGAGGAUUACCUGAACUACAGCCUGGGGAGGACCCUGACUGGGUUUUGUAUCCCACUCCUCAUCACGCUGGGCUGCUACGGACAUAUGAUUAUCAUACUUUGCUCCAAAAACAACGUCAACAAGGAUCUGAAGCGAAGGAUUGUGAGGUUGAUGUUCAUUUUGAUCCUUCUCUUCUCUGUGUGUUACAUCCCCUAUCACCUGUUCAAGAACCUAAAUCUCUGGUCAAGAGUUCUGAGUAAACACAGGAACUGUCACAAUUGGUCCAAUGGAGUUUACAUCGCCUAUCAGAUAAGUCGUUUGCUGGUGUGUCUGAACAGCGCCCUCAACCCUCUGGUUUUACUCAGUACACGUAAAGACUCCGGCUCAGUUUUGACAUCUGCUCGUCGAGUCAUCAUGCGCCCGUUCACCACCACGGUUUCUACGGUGUGAAUGAAGAUCAACAAUUGCAUCAUCUGGAGCUGGGUCGGAGCCGGUUGUGACGUGGCGUCAAGGCUGGAAGAGUCGAGAGUUAAAGCAACUUAAAAAUUAGCUUUAGCAGCUGAUGUGCUGGACUGUGACUGAGCUCGACUCCAUCACUCCCCAGACCUGACGCUAAGUCAUUUUAUAAAACAGUUGCAUUAAGUCCAUUGUUGGGACUGUUUUUUGUAAAAUCAAAGGCCUUCUCUUCGGCCUUUAUGUGUAGUCAAAAGCCAGAAACCACAUGUUCCAUUAUUCUGGAAAAAGCCAGAGCACAGGGAACUCAGUCUCCCAGGAUUCCUCAACUUCAAACAAAGAUGUUAAAAGCCACAAGGGUCAACUCCUAUUGGUCACUCUGCACCCCAUGAUCUGUGAGGUCCCCAGGCAAUAUAAGACCAGGUCUCCCCUGAUUCUCUUUUUUUCUACAAUCCCUCCAAGGCGGAGGGCUGUCCAGUGUUGGGCCAGAGCCCAGCGGGGUGCCACCAGACACUGGAGCCGAGAGGAACAAAGGGUUGUUAAACUUUGGGCGGGAAAACAUCCUCCUGCAGGCUCAAGAAUCUCCCCCUGGUGGUGGAAAAAUGUUCUGGGAAUGCCUUGGAACCCCCGCUGAUUUCCAAGCCCAGCCCACUCAGGUCCAGCUCUGACACUCAAUUGGCUUAAAGCCAGCAUCAUCCUAUGACCAACUCCUCAAGGAGGAGGACCUCUCAGGUAAUUUAAAAGCCCAUGAACCCCAAACAUCGCUGCCAUUUUUACCCUGCUCUGAAGACAACACCAGGCCCCCUUCGGGGCCUCCCAGCUGAUUUAAUUGCUAAAGGGGGCAACCAGAGUUAUUUUCUUUCAUUUCUUUCAUUGUCUUUUAUCUCAGUCGACGUUUUUAUUUUCAAAAGGACUUUUGCUCUUUUAACUUGAAAAGACCAAACAGGAAAUUGCACGCGGAACAAUCUCAGACUGUUUCACUUUCCCCACGGACUUUAUUUUUCUUUUCCCAACGAUCUACAAACGGCUUCCACAGCCGUCCCCUGCAGAAGCGCGAGAUUCAUUCCGCUGAGGAGCACGAGCUCCACAUCCCUGAAGAAGAAGGACGGCGUUCAUCCCGUCGAGGCAGCACGAGAAAAUCCGCUGCUUGUCCGGUCCGGCGGCCGAAGACCGCUUGAGAGACCACGUAAUUCACUGGCCCGACGCGCACGCACACCGCGAGGGUGGUACAGUAAGAGGCUUUAUUGUCUGGGCAGAUGUUAAUCUAAUACGUAGCGUAUUGUUUUAAUACUUGAAUGUAUUUGUUUUGUAUGAGACCGCCGAGUCUCCAGUGUUUAGCGGCGAUUCGCCACUUCCGGUUUCCGGUUACGGCCUUGUGCCACAGUUUUUAAGCGCCGUGAGCAGCGUCUCCAGCUCAUUGUGACCGUUUGAACAACUUUAAAGAGACUUUACCGGUCAAACCUCAGCACACAACGCCACUUGGGUGCUGAGUGGUAAAGUAAAUGUAACUUGUCUCUGACGGUGCUUUUAAGAGCUUUGCUCUCUCCUUGUAUGCUCUCUCUCUCUCUCUCCUUCUAAACCGACCUAUACACACAUCCGAUCUGUAUUUAGAAUACAGUUCAUGUAACAUAGUUAAAUCUAUAUUCAGAGAGGCUGGACACAUCUGGAAGCCAUGCGGCCGAACGCCAAAGCAGAGACAAAGAAUUCUCUUUGUCUGAAAAUCCCUUGGUGUAAUUCAUGUGACGACCACCAGUGUGAGCUCCGGCCACAUGGUGUCAUUAACAUAGACUCCAUUUUGAAUAACGCAAGUUAAACCACCAUUUUGAAUCUAUUAUUGCCACGCCUCCUCUCUCCCUCUCCUCCCAUUCUGGCUCUAAAUUCAUAACGGCUCGCCAUCUUGUUUUGUAGUCAAUCCGCCAUUUUGAGAGUUUUUAGGCCAUGAUUCCACGAAUCAUGAUCGGCCGCCAUCUUAGAUGUGACGUCACCACGUGACUGCGUCAUCGCCACGCCCCCUUCUUUUUCUCUCUCUCUCUCGCUCUCUCACACACACACACACACACACACACACACACACACACACCCACACAGACACAGAGACACAUUGAUAGACACAGACAGAUACACACACACAGAUACACAUAGAUGAAUACAUGUGUUUUUCUAAAUUGUGAUAAGCGGCUGCUGUUGUUAUCUUUGAAAUAUGGGAGUUUGUUAAAAUGAUGAAUCAUUAAAUAACACUAACUUUAUUUCACAUGCAUACACAUAGACACACACACACACAGAGAGACACUUUGACACAGACACACACACACACACCGAGACAGACAUACAUAGGUAGACCGCCGGUUUUACAUGUAUUUUCUGAAUUGUGAUAAGUGCUGCUGCUGUGUUUAUCUUUGAAAUAUCGGAGCUUGUUAAAAUGAUGAAUCAUUGAAUAACAUUAUAACUUUAUUUCCCCUUUUUAAUAAAUGCUUUUGUAAUUAAA